UCGCUCAUGACGCGGCCGCCGUGGUUGCCCCAACUGGACGCCCCGCGGCAUCAUCACGCCUCAGUGGCCAGACACGGUUUACACUUUGCCGCCCUCCGGCCCGCCAGCAGUUUGGAACUCCAGUGUCUUCAGUCGGCAGCCAGUAGCUUCUCAGGAGUGCAGCAGCAACAGCAGCAGCAGCAGCAUGGUGGUGGGAGUGGUGGUAAAGAUCGUGGGGGUGUGGUUGUUGCAGUAGUGAUGCUGGAGGUGUGGUGUGGUGGUUUUGAUGGUGGUAGUGUGGUAAUGGUGGUAGUGGUAGUGGUACUGGUAGUGGUGAUGUGGUGGUGGUGGUGCUGA